UUCAUACUCUCAAAACCUGCCACUCACUAACUAUAAGCUCAGUCUCAAAUGAAAUUAGAAGUCUUGAUAGACGCAGAAACAUUUAAUCAUUACGAUAUAUUAAUAUUAUUAGUCCCCUUUUUUUAAAUAAAACAAUACAAACAUUUUUUUCGUUAUUAUUUUCUUUCUUGUAUUCGGCUUGCCCCGAAUACAAGAACGGUUAUUCUUUCGUGUGUUUCAAUAUAAAAGAAAAAAGAAAAAGGAUUACUUGAGCAAAUAAGAUUUGAGGAAAACAUCAUGUAUAUUAUAACAAUUUUUCUAACAUUAUUGGCAUGUCUUGUUACUGCUCGAGAAUCUGAUUACUGUCUUGCCGAUGAUGACAAUCCCUACUUGUACUUUGCAACAAAAUCUGCCUAUAAUUUUAUGCAUGGAGAAUUCAAACCUGAACGAAAUUGUAGACCAAUUCAAAUUUUUGUUGUCUCAAGACAUGGAACAAGAUACCCUGGAUCAAAAACAGUUCCAAAAAUGAAAGAAUUGUAUAAGCUUCGCGAUCAAAUUGUUUCUAAUCAUCUAGAAAAGCGAUUGGGACACCUUUGCGACUAUGAUUUGGAUAAUUUCAAAAAUUGGAAAUUGGAUGAUAAUGUUAGAGAAGGUAUGGCAGAUUUUUUAACACCUCAGGGAGAAACUGAUUUAAAAGGAUUGGCAAUGCGAUUAAAGGCAGCAUUUCCGGAACUUCUUACACCAACUGAUUACAAUAGUAUGAACAAUUAUGUGUUCAGAUCCACUAAAACUCAACGAACAGAAGAAAGUAUGUCAGCAUUUGUAGAAGGAUUAUUCGGUGCUAAAAAUGCAGUAAAUCCGAGAGAAGCACCUAACAAUGAUACAUUAUUGCGACCAAAUAAAGAGUGUCCUUCAUGGGAAGAGGAAACCUCAACUCUCAAAUAUCUCGAGGAACGUAAUAAAUUUAAUAAUGGACCAGAGAUGCAAAAUUUAUUUUAUAACGUUAGCCGUCGACUUGGUUUUCGAGAAAAUAUCACCUUGGAUUCCGUGGAUUCAAUGUACGAUAUGUGUCGAUUCGAGAAAGCCUGGAGAAUAGAUAAAGUUUCUCCUUGGUGUGCAGCAUUUAGCAAAAGAGAACUCAGAGUUCUUGAAUUUAGAGAGGAUUUAGAUUAUUACUAUUAUGUUGGACCUGGUCGGGAAAAAAAUGUUAAACUCGGAUGUCCACUUAUGAAGGACUUAUUUCAACAUUUUCGAAAACUGGAAGGAGAUAAUUAUUUUCAAGAGCCAAAAGGUAUUUUUUACUUUGCGCAUACAGUGACUCUUCAAACUCUACUCGCAGCCUUGGGAUUCAAUAACGAUCCACAACCCCUAAUGGCGAAUAAUUUUAAAGAAUCAGCGGGACGUCAUUGGAGAACAUCGUUUAUCGGUCCAUUUGCCACUAAUUUAGUAGCUGCAUUUUACAAAUGUAACGAUACAUUUUCAUCAAAUGUAGUUAAUAAAGUGAUAUUCCAUUGGGCAGAGAGACUUGUGAGAUAUGAAGGUUGCAAUGUUGGACUAUGCAAUUGGGAAUAUAUAAAAGACAGACUUGAUAAAAAAGCUAACGAAUGUAACAUGGGAUUUUGCUUUAAUGCAAGUGGACUUUCAAGAUUAUCCAAUUUCAGUAUUAUUAACUUGGUACUUUCACUUUGCCUUCUAGUCGGUUUUAACCAAACAUUUUAGAUUUUAUUGAAAGUACUGUGUGUUUUUAAUUUUAACAUGAUUGUUUUUUAUUUUUAAAUCUCAGGAAAGAUUUCAUUGAAUUAACUAUAUACAAAUUAUUUCUUAAGCUUGUGUAUAUAUUUUUUGUUAACUAGAAAGCCAGUGUGUGUUACUGUAUUUUUUUUAAAUUUUACUUAAGUUUUAGAAAUUAUAAUGUAUUUUUUAACCAUAAUUACAUUAUUACAUCGAGAAAACGAAACUCUUUUAAGAAUAAUAUUUUUGGCGCCUAAUAUUUUUAAAAGAAGAUUUCUUAAAAGAAUUACGUUUUUUCCAUGUUUAGCAUAAAAAUUAA